ACCGCGAAGAGGGAGCUGGAGGCGGAAGAGGACGUAGCAAUAAAGUGGGAAAAGGAGCCGCAGAAGAAGAAGAAGUGGCUUAAAAAAAACAAAACAACACCGACACUUGGAUGUCUGUUAACAAACAAGGUUAUACAGUUAUCCGAGAGGAGCUCCAGUGCAUCAUGUGAGUUGUGCAAAAGCCUUUUGAUACCUACAAGUGGCUGCUGAUGUGGUGGACCUGAACUUGACCUGUGCGAACCCCCAGUCUCGCUUUUUUAUGAGAGCCUGGGGAAAAUGUGGCCUCAAAUUAUGGAUUUAGGGACUCUUUAAUGAAAGUCAGAUUUUACAGCGUUUCAGUCAAAUUGCUGUAAGGAACAUGGAAAGAGAAGCUGCUAAGAAAGAGAUGGAUGUUGUGGACACUGACGAGGAGAUCCCUGAUGGUGUUUCGGCCUCAGUGACCAGUUCAAGUCAGUGUGAGGUUGAGGAUGAGUGCGAGCAGGAGGACAAAACAGCCUAUCUCAGAUCUCAGGAAACUCCAAACCCAGCCACUCUACAAGACCUUGGGGCUGGUGAAGCAGAGGCCAAAGAUGAUAUUGAGGAGGUUUCAGAAGAGUUUGAGCAUGACAAGACUACAGAAAAUGAGAACUCACAGGUUAUAAACCAAGAAGAGGAUGAUGCAGCAAAGGAGCAGCACAUGAAUGGGGAGUCUGGUUGGAGGAACAUGGGAAGUGGAAGGAAGUGCAAACUGAGGAGCGGUGGGUCAGUUUUAGAGCAGAUUCAGAGAGGAAAUGUUAUGUCAAGUGGCGGUCGGCACAAGCAGACCCGCAGACGUAACCACCACCACUAUCAGCAGAACCGGGGCCGGCGGAGGACAGGAAACCAGCUCAUCUUAGCGUUCAAGGAGAUGCUGUCAGAGUCUCUGAGCUUCUGGUGCAUCUCUUGCAUCCACAUGAUGAUUGAGAUUAUUGUCACUUUAACUCACAACUGUGGAGUUGGAGUGGAGACUGGAGUUGUAAAACUUUACAACCUUGGGCAGCAGCUCCUUGUGAAGGUCACUGAUGUUCCUGGAAUGAAGGCAGAUGCGAUCCGGAUUCUGAAGUGGGCAAAGUGCAAAGGAGCUUGUGUGGUGGAUAAAACUGUUAGGUCAGUAAAGUGGAUAAAGACAGUUGCCUUAUCUUGUUUCACAUUUUUCUGUGCUUUGGUUAUUCUGGGAUCGCAGUGGGCCAAGGGGGUUUUCCUUCGUAUUGGUGGGGAUAGGGGGAAGCACUAUUGGACGGCUUUUCAGGAGUCACGCGUUUGGAAGAGGAUAGUGUCCUUGCUGGAGAAAGCCCGAAGCCUAUUCAGGAGGGAUGGUCAUGUACCGCCAUCCGCACCGGGGUCACCUGGCAGAGCAGGAAGAGCUCAACCAGGCCAGGAGUUGGAGAGACUGCUGGCACUGGUUGAGGUACCAGAGGAUGAGCUCGAUCCCUUUACAGUUCUCGGUGUUGAGGUGCAUGCCACUGACACUGAGCUGAAGAAGGCUUACAGACAGCUGGCUGUCCAGGUCCAUCCAGACAAGAAUAAACACCCACGAGCUGGAGAGGCGUUCAAAGUGCUCAGAGCUGCCUGGGAUAUUGUCAGUAAUCCAGAGACACGACGAGAGUAUGAGUUGAAGCGCAUGGCAGCAACUGAGCUCUCAAAGUCCAUGAACGAGUUUCUCACUAAACUGCAGGAUGACCUGAAGGAAGCCAUGAAUACUAUGAUGUGUACCAAGUGUGAAGGCAAACACAAGCGCUUCGAGAUGGAUCGUGAACCCGCUGAGGCCCGGUUCUGUGCUGAAUGCAACCGUUACCAUAGCGCCGAGGAAGGGGACCUGUGGGCUGAAUCGAGCAUGCUGGGCCUACGCAUCACAUACUUUGCCUGUAUGGAUGGCAAGGUGUAUGAUAUUACAGAGUGGGCAGGUUGCCAGAGAAUUGGAAUUUCUCCUGAUACACACCGGGUCCCGUAUCACAUCUCCUUUGGUUCAAAGAACAACAGCAAUGCCACACGACACAGGACACCGUCGGAGCACGCGGCAGGUCCGACCAACCCAGCUGAUUUGCAGGACUUCUUCAACCGAAUCUUUAAGGGAGGACCUCCUAGUGACAUGGCUGCCAAUGGAAGCUUCUUCCACUCAGGUUCGCCUCAUCACCCACCUGGUGCUGGAGCGCCUCCCUUCUCCCCUCCUCCAAGUCAGACAGGUUUUUACAUGCCGGGAGGUCACCGGCCCGAGUCCAGCGAGACAUGGGCUGAAAGUGGCAAACCCCCCAGGAGGAGGAAGAAGGUCCGCAAACCCUUCCAGAGGUGAAGUUCGCCGACUUGUUAGUGUAUGAAAACAGCAACACAGGGAUACAAAAUAUAAUGGCCAUGUUUGUCUCUCGCCUGCCUGUUGGCAUGCCAAGAUCUGAACUGGAGAAGAUUCAAGGGGGUCAGAUCAGCCAGAGCAGAGAGAGACUGGAUCACGAAGAGGAGUCUGUCAGCUGAAUACAAGUAUUGAAGGAGGUUCUGAAGGAGGUUGCAGUGAUGGUGCUUUACCUCUUAAUCCACCUUACUUUUUUUUUUGUUGUUUUUGUCAUUUUGGUCUUAAAGACGACUGUAGCCUUGGCAUUGAAGUCCUUAUCAGGAUGCCGUAAUUAAACCUUUUUCUUUUUUUAAUCACGUCCUGCCAAAUCCUUCACUGCAUGAUGUUUUCACCUGCAUUUUAACACUUCAGUUCUCUCACUUUUGUUAACGUUUUAUAUAAAGUUAGCUUAAGAAAUCGGCUUCAGGCAGAGUGAAGGUUAGGAGGGUUACAGCCAGUGUGGACUGUGGUUUUAUGCAUCACUAUGAUCGAAAAAUGAAGAUACUGAUCUGGGCAGCUUCACAGUCUUUAGUGUUACUGAUAUUAGAGGCAUGUGGCUCUACUACUGAAGCUGCACAUCGCCCACCAUAUUUCAGAAAGGAAUCUAACUUAACACAUCUGAGCUUAAUAAUUUAUCAAAUGGGGAGUGGUUUUAACUCACCAAACAGCACAUUUAAGUAUUUCUUUAGUGAGAAGUCUUGUUGUUGUUUUAUGAGCAGGUCUAAACAACUGCUAAUCUGCUUUUCCAUUGAAAUCAAAGGCCAAGCUGUGGUUCUGUCUGAUUUGUAAAAAAAAAAAAACAGAAAGAAAAGACAAAAAUAUCUUAGCAUGAUAAUUACAGAGAGGCACCUCACCCCUUAAAAAGUUUGUUUUACCCUGAGCUUUCUGAAGUGGUAACGUUGCAAUAUGCAGAUACUGCAGGAUGUGUGGAAAUGUAGCACAGCCACUUAGAUUCACACCAUGGUUCACACUGUUUCGACCACUUUCUAAAAAUGAAAAAGCAACAUCUCAAAGAGGAAAUAAAACAUUUGUAAUUGACUUUAUAAUGCUAAUCGCACAACCGAACAUUUGACAGCUGCUUGAUUCUAAGUAAAAAUGGUUCUACUUUUUGUCCACUGCAAAGUCUCUUAUUCCUUCAGCACCGUUGGACCUUAUUUUGGCUAUAACUGAUGUAACACUAGACAAUAUCUCGCCAUUGCAAGUAAUUUAUUUGCCUGGUCUUUCAUUCUGGACCUACUUGUUCAGUGGCAGUUUUUGAGCCAGUCGUGAUGUUUCAGAGCAUCUUAUAGCCGCCGCCCAGCUCAGGACACGUCAGAUCUGAUUCUAGUCCAAAGUGAUUGCUCUCAUGCUUGUUUCGGUGUGUCGUCAUCUCAGCGACUCCUGACGGGUUUUCAUAGUUGUGUCGGGCGAGGUUCACGUAAACUCUAAUCAGACUCUAAAAGACUGAUGUCCUUUUAAUCCCCACAGUAUUACUGAGUAAAAACAAGAAGGGGUCAGAAAAAUCCUAGUCAGUUGCAUUUUGUUGUUUGGUUUGUUGUUGACAUGUUUCAUGGUCAGAAA